GCCACUCCCCAAACACAUCCGCGCCUCCCACCGCCGGCGACUACUGAGCAAGCGCCUCUUCCGUCGGAAAAUUCACACGGUAUUCUCUGAUCACUCACUCGCGGCAUACCCAUAUGAAUUGCUUGCGCCUCACUCAAUUCCCAAAACGAUGCCUUUCAACCAGGUUUCCUUCACUGGAUCCCAAGCUCAACAACACCAAAACCCCUUUUUCUUCUCCAAAUUCAACCUACACAACUCCCAAUUCACACACAUUCGACACACCCACCAUUUCUCAGCUCAUAGCAAAACAACACUGGUCCAAGCUCAAAACCAUAGUCAAAGAAACAAACUCCAGUUCACUUCUUCAACAUCUCUUCAACUCUGAAGCCCAACCAGACCUCAUCCUCUGCUAUUUCAAAUGGACCCAGAAAGAAUUUGGGGCUAUACACAAUGUAGAACAGUUUUGCAGGCUUUUACACUUGUUAGCCAAUGCAAAGAAUUACAAUAAGAUCCGGGCUUUGUUGGAUUCUUUUGCUAAGAAUGCCCAUUAUUCGAAUUCAACAAUUUUUCACUCGCUUUCAGUGUUGGGUAGCUGGGGUUGUGCCAAUUCGAUAAUUGUUGAUAUGUUGGUUUGGGCUUAUGUGAAGAACGGGGAGAUUGAUUUAGCUUUAGAGGGUUUUGAUCGGGCGGGGGAUUAUGGGUUUAGGUUGUCAGCGUUGUCGUGCAAUCCAAUGUUAAUUUCAUUGGUUAAAGAGGGUAGAAUUGGGGUUGUGGAGUCUGUGUAUAAGGAGAUGAUUAGGAGGAGGAUUGGGGUUAAUGUUGUUACUUUUGAUGUUGUGAUUAAUGGGUUGUGUAAGGUUGGGAAGUUUCAGAAGGCUGGGGAUGUUGUUGAGGAUAUGAAGGCUUGGGGGUUUUCACCAUCAGUGAUAACCUAUAAUACUGUAAUUGAUGGGUAUUGCAAGGCUGGAGAAAUGUACAAAGCAGAUGCACUUUUGAAGGAAAUGGUGGCAAAGAGGACUCACCCGAAUGAGAUUACAUUUAACAUUCUCAUUGAUGGGUUUUGUAGAGAUGAGAAUGUCACAGCUGCUAAGAAAGUAUUCGAGGAAAUGCAAAGGCAGGGUUUGCAACCUAACGUGGUUACAUAUAAUUCUUUAAUUAAUGGGCUAUGCAGCAAUGGGAAACUUGAUGAGGCUCUUGGUUUGCAGGACAAAAUGUCAGGAAUGGGUCUGAAGCCGAAUGUUGUUACUUAUAAUGCUCUUAUCAAUGGAUUUUGCAAGAAUAAGAUGUUGAAAGAAGCUAGAGAAAUGUUGGAUGAUAUUGGGAAACGAGGUUUAGCUCCUAAUGUCAUAACGUUUAAUACUUUGAUUGAUGCUUAUGGUAAGGCUGGGAGAAUGGAUGAUGCAUUCUUGCUGCGUAGCAUGAUGCUGGACAUAGGGGUUUGCCCCAAUGUUUCAACAUACAAUUGUUUGAUUGUGGGUUUUUGUAGAGAGGGAAAUGUAAAAGAAGCAAGGAAGCUUGCAAAAGAAAUGGAAGGUAAUGGUUUGAAAGCUGAUCUUGUAACAUAUAACAUACUGGUUGACGCAUUGUGCAAAAAAGGGGAGACAAGAAAAGCGGUUAGACUUUUGGAUGAGAUGUUUGAGGUGGGUUUGAAUCCAAGUCACCUGACAUACAAUGCUUUGAUAGAUGGGUAUUUUAGGGAAGGGAACUCCACUGCAGCUUUGAAUGUGAGGACACUGAUGGAGAAAAAGGGGAGGAGGGCAAACAUUGUAACAUAUAAUGUGUUGAUCAAGGGUUUCUGUAACAAGGGUAAGCUGGAGGAAGCAAAUAGGCUUCUUAAUGAGAUGUUGGAGAAGGGUUUGAUCCCAAAUAGGACUACCUAUGAGAUACUUAGAGAUGAAAUGAUGGAGAAGGGUUUCAUUCCAGACAUAGACGGACAUCUUUAUAAUGUUUCUAUCAGCUCUUAACCCCUAAAAAGGAGAAACUGGAACUACUCUAUAUUUUGUUCAUCAUCCAAGGCAUACAUGUUCAAAUGUUGAACAAUGUCGACAUAUGUGACAAAUUAUUGCUGUUUGGAAUGGAAUCUGAUGCACUUAGAUUUUCUUGGUUCUUGCUGCUCAAGAUACUGCAUGCAUUGAUGUUUCAAGUUCUCUCAAAGAAGGAUACGCCACAGUUUGAAAGUCUUUGGAGUUCAUCAUUUCAUUUGAUCGAGGUGUUGCUAAUUGGGUAUCAUCACUCUGAUAUUGGAUGACCAAAAACAAAAAAGAUUGUUUCAGAUGGGAUGGCUUCAGCUGAUUAAUGCAUUUUACUACAGUCAAGGAACCAUCCAGAAUAGGGGGGUCACUUCUUCAAAUUCAAACAAAUGUCAUGAACUCCAAUGGCCUGUUGGUUUAUGGCAUGAAGAGGAUUUGCUUUUUAGGGCCUUUUUUAUUUUUCUGAAUUUUGUGAUUUUGCUCCAAGAUAAGUAUACUUGUUUGGCACAGAUGUUGUCAAAUGAGUGCUACUUGCUGUAUGAUAGCAAGUAAUUUAAAAUAUCUCCCAUGUCCACUGAUCUGGAUUAGCCUAUUAUUUAAUGGAUGGGAUAUCUCUGGAUGACCUUAUCAACAAAAAUGUAAGGAAAAGAAAUAUAAGAUUCAUUAUUUUCCUUUCUUGAA